AUGAAUCUAAAGGAUUUACUUCAUAAUGAAAUCAUUAUACUUAAAAUAACUGAAUUUUUAACUAUUGUAGAAAUUCAAAAUUUAAUUAUAUCUUUGAGAAUUAAUGUAAAAACGAAUUUUUAUUUUAUGAGAGAAUGUUUAUCUUUGUUAUAUAUACAAAAUGUAGGAAAAGAUAUAUGCGAAUUUAAAAACGAAAAUGAUAGUAAUAAUAUAAGUAAUAUAUAUGACAGUAAUAAUAUGAAUGAUAGUAAUCAUAUAUAUGAUGGUAAUAAUAUAGAAGCACAUGAAAGUACUAAUUAUAGCAUUAAUGACGUGGAAGAAACAAAUAUAAUUACAUAUGAUGAUGAAAAUGAUGAAUAUUUAUAUGACAAAGAUUAUGGAGAAAACAUUCUAAAUAAGAAAGAUGUAGAUAUUAUGAAAAAUUAUGUAGAUGAUGUAAAUACUCCUAAAAAUAAUGAAAAUAUCUUAUUUUAUUUUAAUGGGAAUAUUAAGGAACGAAGUAAUUUUUAUGAAAUUAACAAAAAAAAUUAUACGGCUGUUCAGGAAAUAACAAAAGAUUUGAAUUUUUACUAUGAAAAAGAUGAAUAUGAAGAUUUUUAUAAAUACUGGUUAUAUAUACAUUUAAGUAAUGAGAUAAUAGAUAUAGAAAAAGAACUAGAUACUUUUUUUAAUAUUAAAAAAAACAUGCCUGUUAAUAGAAAUAAUAAAUUGCAUUUUGAUGUUUUUCAAAUGUUUAAAUUUAAAGGAAAAUACUAUUCUUUUUUUGAUGUUCCUUGGAUUUCUAUUUAUUUUGAAUUUUCUUUAAAUGCAAUUUGUUGCUUUUGUAAUGUUAAAGUUGACGAAAAUUCCACAUGUAUUUUUUCAGAAAAUUUUGAUUUAUGUGUAUCUAACAAGAAGUUACUGAAAUAUUUUAAUGAAAUUAAUAGUGAUAAUUAUAAUAACUUUAAUGAUAAUUAUGAAAAUAAUUUUAAUAGUAUUAAUAACAAUGAAGACUACAAGCAUAUUACAAAAAGAAGAAAAUGUAAUAGUGAAUUAUAUUGCGAAAAAAUUGAUAAUGAAUUUUCAAUUAUUCGAAAAACGCAUAUAUUUUGCGAUGAUUGCGUUAAAUUAUUUGAUUAUAGAUCAAAUAUAAAUACAAUUUUUGAUGCUAUAAAAAAAGAUUAUGAUUUGUUAAAACAACUAAACAUAAUAAAUAAAACGUUUAAAUUACCAAGAAGUCUUUUUUGUAUAUGUAAUUAUUUUUUUUUUAAGGACAAAUAUAUUACUUUUUUUAAAAAAGUUAGUAACAAUUUACAAAAUAAUAGGAGGGUUUUAAAGAAGAAAUUGAUAAAUAAUUUUAUUUUUUCCUUUAGCCUAAAUUUUUAUAAAUUUGUUAUUCGUUCUUUACUAUUAUGUGAUGAUAAAGAAAUAUUUUCUCAGGAAAAUAUAUUCCUAUUCGGAUUUUAUGUAAAGUAUAUAAAUUUAUUAAAAUUAUUUAGUAGCCCACGUAUUAUGCAUAUUUAUUUUUCUUUUAAUGUUAUAUUUGAAAAAAUUAAAAAAUUACAACAUUUUUAUAAGCAUAAAUACUUUUCAAGAUUAUCCAAAGUUUUACAUUUCGAUGUUAUAGCUAUAAUUGAAAAAUUAAAAUGUUCAAAAUCCAAAAACAUAUAUAAAGAUCUUUCUAAGCAUAUUUAUAAUUAUUUAAAUGAAGAAAUUUUGUUAAAACCUAGUUAUGACGAAAUAUAUAAAUACUUUUUUCAGUGUGUUCAGAAAUAUAAAUUUUCGUAA